CCUCGAUCGCUUCUUGAUCAGUUUUAUUUUUUUUUUGGCGCGCGAGAAUGAAUGUGCGAAUAGACCUGUCUUGCGUACGGCUCUUCACACCCACACAGAACGGUAAUAAUCAUCACGCGGCGCGCGUGUGUGUGUUGCAUGCGUUCGCUUUUUGAAGGUUCGCCUAAAUGACAUAUGCAUGAACCACACACGCUUUUUGCCUCCUCCCCCCUUUGCUCUUCCCUCGAUUUUUUCCCACGCGUUUGAUUUAUAUCUAAGGUCAUUCUCAAUUUAAUUCCCCCCUUCACUCCUCUCCCCUCCCAUUCGAACACUCUCCUUUUUAUACCUCCCUCCUCCUCCUCUUCCCCCCCGGCAUCUUAACAGCCUCGCCCUACUAGUAGUAAGCAAGAUCCUAUACAGAAAUUCAUUGAAAGCUUCUUUCAUCUUGGGGUAGCUUCUUUUCUUGUUACCUCCUAUUCCAUCGUCGUCCUUUUUCGACGCUAGUUUCCCCCUUCUCUCUUAGCCUAUUCUGUGGCUGUCAUCCCGAUCGUUGUCGUCUCACGUCAUCUGUCAAGUCUUGUUGACACUACCCAAACAAAGCAUGACGACGUUGCUCGACUGGAAUCCUACACCGCUCUCGUCGUCUCAUUUCGCAGACUUUGCAAGUGUCGGCCACGAACAGUCUGGUUUCAAUUCGGGCUUCGAUCUCGCUUACCAACCAAAGGAUCAUUUGGCAUCAAACAGCAACAGCCACGGUGCGAGCGGCAACCCUCACUCAGCUAAUCAUAGCACCGUGUCUCCCGCCCGAAAUCAAAGACCUCUCUCCCCUGCCACACCUAUCACGGUUCCUCCUAGCCCGGUCCACACUGAAUAUUCGUCUGCUUCUCCGCCUAUUAAAAGCGAGUGGGCUCCGGCUCCCACUCCCAUCAUGAAGGACGAUUGGGUGUCAAAUGUUGUCAGUCGCCCAAACAAGUCAGAAUGGCCCGUUACAGAACCUACCCAACAAUCUCAACACGCGCAAUCACACAAUGAAUCUAGCACCUCCACGCCUUCCUCCUCCGCUGCCUUUGUUCCCCGGAUGAUGGCUUCGGCUCAUCACCAUCACCAUCCACAUCACCACAAUUCUCACCCUGACCGCGUUGCCACGACCUCUGAGCACUACCCUCACCCGGCUGCAUCUAUCUCUGGAAAUGGCACCAUUCCCCCGUCUCACCUUCACCUACACCAACCUCGACACCAACCCCAUUAUCACGCUGUUCCCCCGUACCACAUUUGGCGAGGCCUUCCUGCCGGGCCAAGGGGCUCCUUUGGUCGACCACUCAACGUCGUGUCUCAUAUGAUGGACCCCACCGUUGGCAUGCAAAUGACCACCACAAGCGAACAGUUCCCACACCACCCUGCCCACAUGAUGCGCCCUCCUGCACCGCUCUUGAUCCCUCCUCACGCGACGUACUCUCACCCUAGCUACGGAGCCGGCCUCCCAACCCCUCCGCCUGAUCAUCCCUUGCAUCCGUAUGCACGAGGAAGGAGGAUGAAGUCUUGGCACGGAAACAAUUCCGCUUCAUCAGCUGGAAAAAUCUUUACUUGCACACACGAAGGAUGUGGCAAAUCUUUCAAACGCGCGGAACACCUCAACCGACACAGCCGAAUGCACACUGGUGAACGACCUUUUCCUUGUGAUGAAGUUGGUUGCGACCGUCGCUUUUCUCGCUCUGACAAUCUCGCGGCGCACAAGCGCACUCACCUCAAGCACAAAGCCAAAGCCGCGGCACAGCAAGCUCAAGGGCAUACCCAUAUGGGCAAAAUGGUCUCGGAUAUGGGAAGAUUUUAAUAGUUGUCUCAUAAUCAAUUAGCUGUAUUGUUUCGUCCCUUUGUAUUUUCUUGUUGUACCAUAUUGUGUUUGGACUUUGGUUGAGGUUAGAUACCCGGGACGUUGAUGGACUUUGUAUUCUUAGUUACUUGUUUCAUUGUUUUAUGUUUUUGAUAAUUUUGCCUGUGAUUUUUUGUGAAUUGUAUGUACGAAUCGUGUACAGUGUUUGAAUGAAGAGAUAUAUUUUGUAGUUCAACUCCGC